AUGGGUGACUUACAGUCGGCUCGGGCCGCUCACGUCGAAGCCGUGGUGGACGCGGCCGGAGUGAACAUUGAGCACGAGCUCCAUAUUCAUGUGAAAACUUGGAUAGCCCUGGCUGAACGCUUCUUCUGUCUUCUGUCCCACUUAUCCUCGCCAGCCGCUCACGGUUUCCUGGCUCAGUCGAUGACGUUACUGCUUGGUGAUGAGACAAAGGCAGUUUGGUGUAGCACGAUUCUUGCUAUCUAUACCCUCGCUCUUAAUCCACCACUCAGCCUAGCCGCCGACUACUGGGGCCGCAAGUACAUUAUGAUCGUCAACACCUUCUUGGGUUUCAUCGGCCAAGUUAUGAUAUCCCGGGCCUUGAAUAUGGGAACCUUGCUCACAGGGUUUUGCUUCCUGGGAUUUGCGUUUGGGCCAGGAUUUGCCUUCUACGCGGUGGUCUCCGAGAUUGUUCCCCGGAAACACAGGGCGUGGAGUCAAGCAAGCGUCAACGCAUCCACAGGCGCCGGCGCUAUUGUCAGCGUCUUGAUGGCUGGCGCACUCAUCCGACACGGCAACCUCGAGAACUACCGAAUUUAUUGGUAUGUCGCCGCAGGCAUAUCCUUUGCCGGUACCUUGGGUCUCCUGGUUGGAUACCACCCGCCGCCGCGCGACCUCGAGGACGUUUUAACUACUUGGCAAAAGCUCGUCUCUCUCGAUUGGAUCGGUAUCAUCCUAAUCAGUACGGGCUCGGUUCUGUUCGCACUGGGCUUGUCGUGGGCUAAUAACCCCUACGGCUGGGGCAGUGCUCCGGUCCUGGUACCUCUGACUACAGGCUUGGCUAUGAUGCUGGCAUUCGUCCUCUACGAGUGGCUGGCAAGGAAGGAUGGUCUCGCCCACCAUGACUUGUUCCGUGACAGAAACUUCAUUAUCUCGAUCAUCGUCAUCUUCGCGGAAGGUGUGGCAUUCUUUACCCUGAACAACUACUUUAUCUUCGAGCACAUUGCCGUGUUUGGGAUCGAUUCGUGGGAUGCUUCGCUUCGGUUCAUCGUCUUUUUGGGAGGCAGCAUUGUCUUCUCAAUUGCCGCUGGGGCAUACACCACCUUCACCAAGAGCUUAAGGGGGCCACUGGUUCUAGGCCUCGCCGCGUACGUGGUCUUCGCCGCUCUGAUGACGACUUUGACGCCGGGAUCCAAUAAGAAAGCCAGCUGGGGCUACGCCACACUCGGGGCCUUUCGAACGAUGGCUACGCCCAGGGAUAUGAUAUCUGUCACAACCGGCCUUCUAACCGCGGCGAGGGGCCUGGGAGGCUCUGUUGGUACCGCCAUCAACGGCGCCAUUCUCAACAAUACUUUGAAAAAGAAUCUAGCAACCAAUAUUACCCAGGCCGUUCUCCCACUUGGUUUCCCUGCCCAGGAGUUGGGCACCUUCAUUGCCGAUUUGACGUCUGGAAAUAUUGUUGAUCUUCAGAGCAUCCCAGGAAUUACCCCCGAGAUCAUUGCUGCAGGGAGCCACGCUUUUUCCGAGGCAUAUGCUCUCGCUUUCAAAAACACAUGGAUCUGCGCAGCCUGUUUUUGCGCCUUGGCUUUGAUAGCUUCGUGCUUUGUUCGAAACGCCAGGAGCGAGUUCAACGCUCACAUCGAUGCACCAGCAGAGGCUGAAUUAGCCAGGCAGCAGAAGGAAAUUGACGCAGCAAAGGUGGCGACGAAGGCUCAACACUUGGAACAAGCAUCAAUAUGGCAGUACGAAAUCGCGCGCAUAUCAAUGGUUGGCGCAGGGAUUCAAGUACCCCCCAAUGCCGGACGAGUGAUGAAGCAUCUCGGCCUGUUGGAUGGGUUGAUGAAGCAGGCUGUUGAAAUUGAAUACCUGGACCUUCUCCGUUACGAAGACGGUUCGAGGCUUUUGCGCCGCGAUUGCAGCAAGUCAUUAGAACAAUACGGAGCACCUUGGCUUGUCUCACACCGCGAGGACUAUCAUAUGAUUUUGCUUGAUGCUGCAAGAUCAUCCGGCGUGGAAAUUAGACUCGGGUCGAUGGUGAAAGCGAUCAAGUUUGAGACUACUGAAGUGGUUUUGGAAGAUGACAGUGUAUUAAAGGCAGAUGUCAUCGUUGGCGCUGAUGGAUUAUGGUCGAGUACGCGAGAUCAAAUCCUCGGACACCCAUCACCACCAACAGAGACUGGUGACCUUGCAUAUCGAGCAACAUUUACAACUGCGCAACUCCGCUCGUUGAACAACCCGCGAAUCAACAAGUUAGUCGAGGAAAGGGCCGCCACGUUGUGGAUGGGUCCUGAAAAACACACAGUGCUGUACCCUGUCCGCGGAGGUCAAGAGUUCAAUCUGGUUUUGUUACGGCCGGAUAAUCUUCCAACGGGCGUCAACAAGGCAGCUGGCGACCUUGCUGAGAUGGGGGCGACGUUCGCGGGCUGGGACCCAAUCUUGACAAAGAUCAUCUCCUGUAUUCCUACAGUUCUGAAGUGGAAACUUUGCUCCCACGAAGAGCUUCCAAAAUGGUGCAAAGAAAAUGUGGCCAUCCUUGGGGACGCAUGCCACCCGACCUUGCCCUAUCAAGCGCAAGGGGCUGCAAUGGCGGUGGAAGACGGUAUCGUGCUGGGGUUGUUGCUCGGAAACUUAUCGCACGAUUAUUCACCUGGGGUCGCACGGGAAAAUAUCCCUUCGAUACUUCAGUUGUAUGAGUCGCUUCGGAAGAAAAGAACCAGUCUGAACGUCAAAGGUGCAAUUGCCAAUAGGGUCAUGUAUCACAUACCGGAUGGCCCGAAGCAGCGGCAGCGGAAUAAUGAUCUCAAAGCGGUGGAUUGGACCCAGCCUUGCAGGUGGCAGUGGGCAGAUUCGACGUAUCAAUCACAGCUGCUAGGUUCCGACGUCGUAACAGACAGUCAAAGAGGCUAUGAGCAAUGGAGAAAGAGGGAGAAUGAUGUCUAG